AUGGAAGAUAACAGUGUUCCUCCUCUCCCCACAAGGUCAAGUGGAAGUUCUAGCUCCAGUUCCAGUCCUCCAAGUUCACCUAGUUCUUCAAGUAGCACAACCUCAGUUGAACCCUCUGUGUAUGAAGAAGUAGUGAAAGAACCUGUAUGGGUUAAUGCUAUGAAUGAUGAAAUGAAUUCCAUUCAUAAGAAUAAUACCUCAGAAUUAGUUCCACUUCCCAAAGGUAAGCAAGUGAUUGGUGUGAAAUGGGUUUACAAAGUCAAAUAUCAUGCAGAUGGUUCGGUAGAAUGCCAUAAGGUAAGACUAGUUGCCAAGGGGUUUGCACAAACUCCUGGAGUGGAUUAUGCAGAAACUUUUGCACUAGUGGAUCGACUUGAUACAUUCAAGAUUAUAUUGGCUAUUGCAACACAAUACAAGUGGCCAAUAUUUUAG